UUUGUGACUGGUCCGGCGGCUUCUGGGAUCGGUCAUGUGUCCCAGGUACCGCCUUACCAUUCACAAAAAGCACCACUUCUUGCGCAUGCGCACUUGGCACCCGGCUGUCAUGCCCAGUGCCCGCACUACACAAGCAGGGAAGACAGCGCGCCGCUGGAUAGAGGUACAGUUUUGGGGAAGAAAAAGUGCGUCUUAUACGGCGAAAAAUACGGUAAUAUACAGAAAAUGACUCUCUACUUUGCAAAAAGGGGUCAUUUGGGGGAUAUCUGUACUGUCCUGACAUUUGGGGGAUAUCUGUACUGUCCUGACAUUUUUGGGCCU